CUGGAAGGCACACCUGACUUGCAAAGAUGGAGCAGAUGAUCCUCCUGUGGGUGCUUUCCACCUGCCUCUCGGCUGUGCACGCUCAGAGUUUCUUGCUGAGUUCGAAAUGGGUUCCCGCUGGCCACAGAGAGCGUGAAGGACGCGGCGAUGAGACGGUGAUGGAUAAAAUAAUCAAAACCAAUGAGUUUCACGCCAAUCGAAUCAUCGACGGCACCACGACUCUCAGAGAGGGAGACAUCGCUGUUUCUGCCGGGAGACGCUCCAGAGUCUGCUUCGCUCGGAGCUGCCUCUGGACCAAAUCGGUGGACGGACAUGUCUACAUUGCGUACACACUUUCACCUGAAUACACUAACAUCGAGACACAGCUGAUAACGAAGGGAAUGGAAAAAAUAGAGGAUGACACCUGCGUUCGUUUUGUUCCUCGGACUCACCAGAGAGACUACAUCGACAUCCAGCCAAAGUCUGGAUGUUGGUCCUACCUUGGUUCUCGUGGUGGAAGGCAGACCUUGUCUUUGCAGAAUCCCGACUGCAUGGAGUUGGGAGUGAUCGCCCACGAAUUUAUGCACGCCCUGGGCUUCGUGCACGAGCAGUCCCGCUUCGACCGUGACAAUUAUGUCACCAUCAUGUGGCCAAAAAUCUGGAGAGAUCGGCUCAGAAACUUUGAGAAGUUUAAAACUGAGAAUCUGGACCUUCCGUACGACUACGGCUCCAUCAUGCACUUUGGGAUGUACUCCUACUCGAUGGACGGAGAACCAACCAUCGUUCCUAAGAACAACAAGAACAUCAAGCUGGGCCAGGCUUUGUCUCUCAGCCACAUUGACAAACUGAAAAUCAACAAACUUUAUCAAUGCACUGUCAGUGAUGAUUAGAAACCGAACUGAGGCGAAGCGGGAGUUCCCCGAGAGCCGAGUCCUGCGACAGUUUCGAUAAAGAUUCCUUCAGGCUUUCUGUCMGCUCUUCUUUAGUCAAAAUAAAGUUGUCUUUUUAAGCAAAUUACAUCACUUCAUGCUGUAAACCUCUGUUGUUUUAAACCAUUCUUGUUCAAAAUGUCUUCACUCACUAUAAUAAAAACAUCCCGGAUGAAUAAA